AUGGGAGAAAGCUGGAUUCGCAGGGAGUUUCUCAGCGCAAGGAGGCUGGCCUUCAAUGUCAUUUUCUACGGAAUCCAUUUUGCGCUCUUUGGUUAUGGGUGGCACAGCCAGGCUGCUAACACCAGGCUUGCUGCUCUCAACGCUUUGACUUGGUCUGUGUGGACAUCUCGUGGUGCAGGUCUCGUUCUGGCAUUCGACGGCGGCAUGAUUCUCGUUCCCAUGCUGCGAAAUGUUAUCCGCUUCGUUCGACCGAAGCUCACCUGGCUCUUUCCCGCCGACGAGAACAUCUGGUUCCACAGACAGGUCGCUUAUUCGAUGGCAUUUUGGACCAUGGUCCACACAACGGCGCACUACGUCAACUUUUUUAACGUCGAGCGCAGUCAGGUUCGGAAGGAAAUUGCUCUGGACAUCCACUACACCCAGGCGGGUGGGAUCACCGGUCACUUCAUGCUCCUUAUCAUGGUCUUGAUAUAUGCGACUGCUCAUCAGAAGAUGCGCAAGCAAUGCUUUGAGGCAUUCUGGUACACUCAUCAUCUUGCCUUCUUCUUUAUGAUCGGUCUCUAUUCUCACGCAACGGGAUGUUUUGUUCGUGACUCUGUCAAUCCGGAUUAUAUCAGUACAUUCCCGUUCUACUCCACCGAACAUUGUCUGGGGUAUAUGAGUUGGAGGUUCACAAUCUGGCCCGGAAUCAUGUACUUUGGUGAACGAGUGUAUCGUGAAUGGCGUGCUAGACGUGCUACUCGAUUGUCCAAAGUCCUUGUCCACCCAAGUGGUGCUAUGGAGCUGCGUAUCAUCAAGCCUAGUUUCAAGUAUACACCUGGACAGUGGUUGUUCCUUCAGGUUCCAGAACUUUCACGCUUUCAGUGGCAUCCUUUUACCAUCACAUCAGCGCCAGGAGAUCCUUAUGUGUCUGUCCACGUACGACAAGUGGGUGAUUUCACGAUGGGACUCGGAGAGCGGCUUGGCGUUGGUCCGUCUGUUGUCAAUGCGAUGACCCAAGCGGCCAUGAAAGGCUCAUAUAAAGAUGAGAAGUCUGGCUUGGGGUCUCGAGGUGAUUACCUUGAAUUAGAUGGCUCCGACUCUCUGCCCGCUGUCAGGAUCGAUGGGCCAUAUGGUGCCCCAGCGGAGGACGUAUUCGACGCCGAGGUAGCUGUGCUUGUUGGUGCUGGUAUCGGUGUCACACCAUUUGCUUCAAUCUUAAAGCACAUAUGGUACAAACAGAAAAGCGGUAACCUCGGCGUCCUACGUCGAGUUGAAUUUUUCUGGGUUUGCCGUGAUGCUCCGUCAUUUGGGUGGUUCCAAAGUUUGUUGCAAGAAGUUGAAGCUGCUCAAGCGGAUCCCAAUUUCCUUCGCAUCAAUAUCUAUCUUACUCAGAAAAUCGGGGAAGAUAUGCUUUGGAAUAUCGCGGUCAACGACGCCGGUGCCGCUUAUGAUCCCCUGACGCUCCUCAGGACGCGCACCAUGUUCGGUCGUCCGGACUGGAUGACCAUCUAUGGGCAGAUGAAGCAAGCUAUUGAAGCAGGACAAUAUAUUCCUGGUUCGAAGUCGCAGUUGAAGACCAAGGUCGCUACUUACUUUUGUGGACCGGGUGCCAUCGCGAAAGCGCUCAAAGAGGCAACGAUGCACCACAGCUCGUCCACUGUCAACUUCACCUUUGCGAAGGAACACUUUUAAUUAUUGGCUGGAUCUACAUGAUGAAGUACUUGUUAUCUAUUUUACAUUAGUCGUAACCGAGGUGAUUGGACGUGUGGUUACUACGAGAAUGCAACUGGAUAUUUUGCAUUAAAUUUUCAUGAUACACAGCAGGUCGAUGAAAACGAAAUUGACAAGAUGGUAAUGAUAUGCGGCAUUAUACGAAAAAUCUAUGGUAACUGUAUGAGCGAUUCU